AUCAUCAUUGUCACGGUCGUAUUAUUAUGUCUUCAACAACGGAAGGAGUCGAUGCUAUAACUCAAUUCCUUUCCUAUCCUUUCGAUAAAGACGAUGCCUUUCAGCAAGGACUCACAGGAAUCAUCGCGAACGGUGCCUUUGACUGCAAGACAGAUGCUGAGAAGCAAGAGGUGAUUCGCCGCUCACAGAUAUUUUACUUCAAUCAUACGAAGGGAUACUCGAUCACAUGGGAUGAAGUCCAACGGCGGCUUCCAUCUAAUCCUUCCGCCGUACCUGCGCAGACAACAACGACAGACUCUCAGGCAUCUGCCGACGAGCAGACAGCGCGGCAGCUCAGUCUUGCAGAACUGAAGGUGCUUAUUGAGUCAGGCAGAACUGACCAAAUACCUAAUAAUCGCAUCAUACCGAACGAUCUCAAUCCUCGGACACCAAGUCAAUCGACUGCCCCGGCACGGAAGAAACCCUGGGAGUUAAACACGGCAGCGACAGAAUAAUGCAUCUCGCGCAUGUUCGUAUCAAAAGAAGUUGUACAAAUACAAGGACAGUAUAGCAGACCAUUUUUAUACUACUCUAAUCUGC